AGGAAGUCUUGUGAAAAGCCAGUUUUGUUUGUAUUAUAAACCAAACCCAUGGCAGUAUCAUCCCAGACCUCUGUCAGAGAGAACUAUGUCUCUGACGCAUCCUUUCACUAUGUAUCCUGAUAAUCCCUAUUUAUCUGACAUUGUUGAAGACAAGCUCACUCAAGAACAGGGAACUGAUUACUUUUGGUUUAGUUUAGAUUAGUUUUGUUUUUCCAUUACCUGGGAUGGAAUUCAGGGCUUUAAAACAUGCUAGAUAGUCUACCACUGAGUUACAUCCCUACUUUUAAUUAUUAAUUCUGAAUAUGCAGAUCUGAGAAGAUGUUUCUUUAUGAAUACACACACACACACACACAUAUCACUUUAUUCUAAAGGAACCUCCAACAUAAGAUUGGAAUUUUCCAUGGGGCUAUAAUAAUAUUUUCUAAUUGAAAGAGCUACAGUAAACUCAAGGAUCCUUGACUCUAAAAGGGGGGUUGUGUGCAGUAUCUGAUUCGCAGUAUUGAAGCUGAUUUGGAACUUGUCUGCCCCGAUGGCUACCAGAGAUGAAUGCACAUCAAGAUAAGAAAGUGAUUGUCAUUCCAGAAGGACUUUAAGAAUGAUCGGAGAGAACAGUGGGUGCCUUGUUUUUGGGGUGUAUCUUUUAAGGAAAACUAUCAUCAGGCAAGAAUAAACCUAGCAAAAAUAAGCCUUGAAAUUGCUCACUCCUGAUUUUUGAGGAAAUGUAUAGGUCCACAUAGCUAGUGAAACAUCAAAACAGUACCCCCUCUCUCUGCUGUAAAAGCAUCUCUGACUUUAAAUGUUUAUAAGUCACCUAAAAAUCUGCAAAAAUAUUGUGAUAGAAACCUUCAAAGAUGUUGCCUGAAUGAAGAUCUCGAGAGGGACCCAGGAGUGUAAGCUUGCCCUGAGCUGUACCCAUGCUGACUCUAGGACGGAUGCCAUAGAGUUGGUCCUCACAGUCCCUCCCUUGCUCACUGACAUACUGCAUGGUGAAUGCAUCCUAAAUGUGCACUGUUUCUCUCGUCAACUAUACAACCUUACUAGGAGAGGGGGGCUCUUUAUUUCUUAUGCUUCCUGGAUGUCCGUCAUCCAGCCAAAUGUCUGCACAGUCAGCAAGCAGCCCUCAGCCCUCGUCACACUGGCUGUGUUACUGUUGGAAGCAGCUGCAAUUCUUCUCUGUGAUUUACUGAUGUUUUCAGCAACUAAGGAAGUAUCCCUCCCAACCAAGGAAGCUUAGUUAAAAUUACUACCUACAAUUCUUAGCCUGGCCCAAGCAGACCAACCUUACCUUCCAUGGGGCACUUCUUGGGCAUCAUAACAGUUCUGCUGUUAGUGUCGGUCUUUCAUUUCCAUUUUCAUAGGAUUAAGGACUGAACCUAGGACCUCGUGCGUGCUAGAAAAAUCCUGCUAACCUGCCCACAUGUUUGAAUUUGCAUCUAGUAACCAAAGGUUACCUGUCUUGUAAAACAUAAUUUGGCCAGGAAGUCAAAUGAAAUGUCUUCUCCCUCAAGUAUAACUUAAGAGAACUCAUGUUCGAGUUUAUUGUGUAUAAGUGACAUGAGGGUGCCACAGGCAUGGAAGAACAUGAGUCCUGUCCUCCUGGGCUGAGGAAGCUGUGACUCCAAGAUACAAGUAGUGCUGUUCACCCUGCAGCAAAGGUUGUGCUGCUUACGGUAGAGGGUUACUGAGCAAGAACUUAGUGACAGAUUGACACUUGUGAUCUGGGACAUAAUUACAAAUAUUUUGGACAGACAGCUCACUAUUACCUUUUAUAUCCUUCAUCCUCCCUUAGGUUAUAGUUUAAAUAACAAUGCAUAACUUAUUUGUAAUAUAAUCUUGUAGGAUAAAUACAUCUCUUAAAGUAUGAUGGUGUUACAGUCAAAGUAAGAAUAAGUGUCCACAAACCCAUCAAAUAGGCUGGUUUUUUUUUUUUUUCAUUAGCCUUGAGAAUGAUGCUGCUCUAGGCUUCCAGGGAUGACAUAUUAGAAAUUCAAGCUGAUAGAUAAUUAUGUGGGCUCCCAUUGGACAUAAUGAGAUCCUGUUAUACACAGGUCAUUAUGUUUUUAUAGAUAGAUGCACUGUGUAUCAAAUUGUAUGCCAGGAAACAUGAAGAUGAAACCCAUUAGUUCCCUAUGUGCCCUGUUUAAGGAUGAUGAUGCUGUUUAAAUAUGCAGAAAUCUUCUACCAAUAGCCUUUUAAAACACGUGGCCUGUAGUUACAUAAAUUCAUAUGUCAUCCAACAAACUUUCAAACCUAUAAUUUUAGAAAGGCCUUCUCUAUUGAUAAAGGGUAUUUUGGAAUUUAAAUGAAUGUCUUCAGGAUUAAUUUGUCCUCCAGGUUGACAUAAGCAAAUGGCCCCUAAGAUGCCAUUUGGGAUUGACUGGAAAGAAAACGUUGUCUUAGGAGAGGAUUGCCAAGCUGCGCUAAUGAAAAGCGGGCCAUUUGUUUCCUUUGCUUCAGGGUGUGUUCUGAGUGUGUGGGUAAUUGUGCCGUUGCAGCUGUAUUUCCUGACUAUUAGUUUUCUGCUUGAUGAAGGAUGAUAAUUAAUGUGUUAAACACUCAGAGUGUCCUGUUGGAAAGAGAGAUUCUCUUACAGCAGAAGUAUGAGGCUGCACCUCGUGCCCUGCAAAUUCUCAUGAAGCUUUACCUAAGAGAUAUAAUAAGUUCACUAUAAAAAUGAGUCUCCACUUCAUGCAUCUUUCAAAAUAUUCAAGUCAUCACUGAUUUAGACUGUUUCGUGGAAGUGCUUCAUGGGACAGCUAACACUGUUUUGGUCCAGGCCCGACGUGAGUAUAGUGAUUCUUCUUUGGGGAGGGCAUAGAAUCAUUCAACUUAAGGAUACAUUUUAGCAUUCAAGAUUAUGGAAAAUUUAGCUUUGAAAUGUAAUCUUAUGAAACUGUAAAACUGAUCAUUCCAAUGCCUCCAACUUAAAACAGAAGCAUUCUAAGUGGUUGCCAGUAAAAUUCGAGUUUUCCCUUGCUUCUGUUUUCAAACACAAACACUUACUGGUUCAUUAAAAUGUUAGUAAACAUGCAUAGUUUGUACAAAUUAUCUAUCAUCAGUGUAUUAAUUAUAUAUUUAUCCCAAAUCUGGGAACGUCCCUCACAUGGCAGGAAUUAUCACCUUCGGGGGACAGGCAGAAAAUGUUACAUGCUGGAUCUGGAAAGCGUUGUCCCUUUUUGGGGGGAGCAAUUUGGGCUCAGAGCUUAAAGCAUUUUAAAGAAACUAAAUGAAAUUCUGUCUUUUUAGGAGAGAAGUGCCUGUCUUAAGUUUUCAGCCCUUAGAUGUGGUUGUUUGCUUCAUCCUUCCAGGAUAUCACUUAUACACUUCUCCAUGGAUCCAGGGCAGGCGACAGCCACAGAGGAGUCAAGUGGCUUUUCCCUGGAUCAGCUACAGUUCCAUUUGCAUCAACUGCCAUUCCUUCUCUAUCCGGUUCCUGGUAGUGGGUAGAGUUGGGCAUUUUUAUAAGGAUAUUAGGAGCUUACAAGACCCCAUGAAGAAGCUAGUUGAGAAAGAAGGGAAGAAGACCUCCUGGAGGGAAAACCGGGAGGCUGUGGCACCAGAGCCGAGGCAGUUAAUUUCUUUGGAGGAUGAGCACAAAGAUUCAUCUGCUUAUAAGACUGAAGAGGGAACAAGCGUUUUGUCUUCCGUAGACAAAGGUUCUGUACAUGACACAUGCUCAGGACCCAUAGAUGAACUAUUAGACGGGAAACCCGAGGAAGCGUGCCUGGGUCCCACGGCAGGGACCCCAGAACCUGAAAGUGGGGACAAGGAUGACCUCUUGCUGUUGAAUGAGAUCUUCAGCACUUCCUGCCUGGAUGAGGGAGAGUUCAGCAGAGAGUGGGCUGCAGUGUUUGGAGAUGACCAGCUAAAGGAGCCAGCACCCAUGGGGGCCCAAGGAGAGCCAGACCCCAAGCCCCAGAUAGGCUCCGGAUUCCUUCCGUCACAGCUUUUAGACCAAAAUAUGAAAGAUCUCCAGGCCUCUCUGCAAGAGCCUGCCAAGGCUGCCUCGGACCUGACUGCCUGGUUCAGCCUCUUUGCUGACCUCGACCCCUUAUCAAACCCUGAUGCUGUUGGGAAAACUGAUAAAGAACACGAAUUGCUCAAUGCAUGAGUCUGCAACCUUCAACAGGGAGCCCUCGGGCCACUCCGCGGCACCUCAUCCAGGGCUUGCAGAAGUCUAAUAUGCUCAGUGUGCUGUUUUAAUAUUUACAUGCCAUUUUAAUAAAAUGAGAGGGUCAAGGCCCUGUUUCUAUCGCUAUA